AUGUGGGAUGUGGGAUACGGGCUGGGCUUGCCUCUGUUCUGUCUCGUUCGUUCGUUCGUUCGUUCGUUCAUGCGCUCUGUGGCUCGCUCUCAGUGUGCCGCAGGGAGGCCGUUGCCAGGCCCCGCGGCCUCUCUGGAGCCUUCCCCGGUUGCCCGCGUGAGCACCCUUGGUGUGCGCCGUUCGUUGUCGUUGUCGUCGCUUGCCACAAAAGGGAUCAUGAGCUCUCGCUGAGCGCCCGGCAGCCGGCACUCCGCCUUGGCAACGGCGCAGAGAGAGGAGAAGAACUUCCACAGCCCGGAAGGAUGUGGCGGGCCAGGUGAACAGGAUUUGGUGACGGAGACGGAGCUUCGGCAGGAUACUGAAUGGAAAAGCUACAGAAGCACCAGCUGACUUCCCCGGGGAGCGUGGCCUCCUCCCGGGGUUCCAGCGUCCCCGGCUCGCCCUCCAGCAUCGUGGCCAGAAUGGACAAUGAGGUGCUGGGCUACAAGGACCUGGCGGCCAUCCCCAAGGACAAGGCCAUCCUGGACAUCGAGCGCCCGGACCUCAUGAUCUACGAGCCCCACUUCACCUACUCGCUCCUGGACCACGCCACGGAGCGGCCGCGCAGCCGGGAGCGUUCCCUCUCUCCCAAAUCUCUCUCUCCUCCUCCUUCUCCAGAAGUCACUCGGGACUCGGUGGAGGGCAAAUCCCCCAGCAACGCCUCCCAGGCCGCCCUUCGCCGGGCAGGAAGCGCCGCCGGCCGCCUGGGAGUCCACCACUUCCACCACCCAGGUAGGCUGUUGCACCCCAAGGCCUUGCUUCAGACCCUCAUGGCCCCCCAAACAAAGACUUAUAAAAAUAUAAUAAUAAUAUACUUUAUUUAUAUCCCGCUCUAUCUCCCCAAGAGGACUCAGGGAAGAUUACAAAACACACAUACGGCAAACAUUCAGUGGUGUUAUACAAUUAACAAGGACAGACAAGACAUAAACAGAGGCAAAGGCUUUCCCUUCCUCUCUUCCUUCCUUCCCGCAGACCCUGCCACAGUGGAGCUCAACAUCUACAAGAAGCCUCCCAUCUACAAGCAGAGAGAACUCCCCACGACGCAAGCGCACCCCCAGGUGGGGAAGCACCUCAUUGAGGACCAGAUCAUUGAGUCCUCCAAGUUCCCUGCUGCCCAGCCGCCGGACCCCAACCUGCCAGCCAAGAUCGAGACCGACUACUGGCCGUGCCCCCCGUCCCUGGCCGUUGUGGAGACCGAAUGGAGGCAGCGGAAGGCCUCCCGGCGAGGAGGAGGUGGCGAAGGGGAGGAAGAGGAGGAGGCGAAGGACCUGCGAGAGGUGCAGGAGGAGGAGCUGAGCAAGGUGGCCUCCAACCUGGGGAAGCUCAUCUUGAAGGAGGAGAUGGAGAGGGAGCGCUCGCUGCCCAUCCGGAGGAAAACCCGCUCCCUCCCCGACCGGACGCCCCUCCACUCCUCCAGCUCCAAAUCCUCGUCCCUUCCUACCUAUGGGAGAAGCCCCUUGACCAGGCUCCAGUCCACGGAGUUCAGCCCCGCUGGGAGCGAGAAGAGCAGCCCAGGUUUGCAGAUCUACCCGUACGAGAUGCUGAUGGUGACAAACCGAGGGAGAGUCAAACUGCCCCCCGGAGUGGACAGGACGCGGCUAGAGCGGCACCUGUCCCCCCAGGAUUUCCUGCGCGUCUUUGAGAUGUCCCCGGAUGAGUUUGGGAAGCUGGCCCUGUGGAGGCGGAACGAGAUGAAGAAGAAGGCCUUCCUCUUCUGACCCCGGCCCCGGCGCCCGCCUGCACUGCCGGCCUGCGUGGAGUGUGUCGACCGUCUUGCGCCGCCGCCGGAAUUUGGGGGCCGCCCUGGAGCCGGACCCAAGGAGUGGGGCGCGAGGGCCCCGAGGGAGGCAGGCAAGCCCCUCCCGCUCUCCGUGCUGUGUCUGCGGCUUAGGGACCGGGGUGGUGGGGGGCGCGGCACAGGGGGCGCAGGCGAGCCCCUCGCGGUGGCCCCUGCCCCCGCCUCCCUCCACUUCCCGGACACCCCUGGGUCCAUCGGGGCAGGAAGCAGGCUCCACGGGCACAACCCUCCCCAUCUCGCCACCCCGCUCUUGGACUCUCUCAACGACUGCCAGCUGAUGUGAGUUGGAGGGGAAGAGAGCUUUCUCCAAGUCUGGCAGCCUUUCCCACUGUUUCAACCCACUCGCCACCUUACAAUUUGUACCCUUGGUCCACUUCUGACACAAUAGAUAAAUCAAUGACC